AUGAGCGCCACGGCAUCGAUAGUGUCACAAGGGCCGCUGCAGUCGCAGCAGCAGCAGCAGCAAAGGCCCUCCGUCUUUGCGAAGUUGUUCAAGGGCCACGCAGGCGCGGCGACAAUGGCGGGCGUGCUGGAGAUUGCCUUCUUCCACCCCUUUGACACCGUUGCGAAGCGGCUCAUAACCAGCCGCACCCGCAUCUGGGCUGCCUCCCUCGAAGGCACGCUGCGAAACCUGAACACCACCAUCUUCCGCUCCAAGGCGGACGCCAGCGUGGCACAAAAGUUCCUCUACCUGUACCCCGGCUCGACCUACGCCGUCUGCUACAAGAUCCUGCAGCGGGUGUACAAGUUUGCGGGGCAGCCCUUGGUGCGGGACCACCUGCUCACCCACAACAAGGAAACCUUCACGGCGCUCUUUGGCCGUCGUGACAGGCUGAUGAUGGAGUCCGUCUCCGGCUGCAUUGUGGGCCUUGGCGAGGUCGUUUUACUGCCGCUGGACCGCCUGAAGGUGCUGAGCCAGACGAACGAGGCUGUCAUGCGGCACGGCGUGGCCCAGCUGCUGCGGCAGGAGGGCAUUCGUGGCAUGUACGCCGGCACCGUCGUCACCAUGGCGCGCAACGCCCCCGGCUCCUUCUGCCUCUUUGGUGGCACCGCCUUCACGAAGGACGUUGUUUUUGGCCUGGAAGACUACCGCCGGGCGACGCUGUUUCAGAACCUGUGCGCCUCCACCGUGGGCGCCUGCCUCAGCAUCGCAGUGACAAACCCUAUGGACGUCAUAAAGAUCCGCGUGCAGAACAAGGACCCUGGCGCCCAGCUGAGCGCCGUAUCGGCCUUCUCGCAGCUGCUGCGGGAGGAGGGCGCCUCCGCGCUGUUCAAGGGCCUCACCCCGAAGGUGAUCGCCUCCGCCCCGAAGCUGAUCUUCGCGUACAGCAUGACGGAGUUUUUUUUGCAGCUGAUGAACGCCAAGCCGGCCUCGGCGAAGGCCGCGUAG